GCCUACUGCAAAUGGUGUCGUCAUUGUCACAUGUAUCAUCUUAUCCACAUCUGACAGUGUAAAUCAAAUCGAAUGCACCAAGAUGGUAGUACCGCACACCAGCAUCAUCCAAAUCCGCCAGAUGCAAGUUCGCCGUUCCGUGCAGGGUCUGGGCUCAAAUCCUUACAUCAGGAUCUUGGAGACAUAUUUCGAACCCCGUCUAUCGCAUCCGCCACUGGUGUUGUGCCAAAGGAGCCACCGCCCAUUUAUGACCGUGAGGCGGAAACGCAAGCGACAUCAGAUUCGUUGCCCUCCGUCGCCCUGUUGCUUCGGGAACCAGGAACCUCCGAUCAUCCAACGGUAUGUCUUGACUUCAAUUCAUUCGUUGUGACUCAUCGGCAAGUGAAUCCCAUAACAGAUACUCUACGAGUGCAGCAGAUCUCACUGCGAUCAUCGCCACAACCAAUACAUCUGUUAUGUCAUUUUCCAUUAAAUAUCUGCUUGUUUUCUUUAGUCAUGUCAUCCUAGGGUUCCUAUCAUUCUAUGUUUGUCUUUCAGGUUUCCGCAGAACAUGUCCUAUGUCAAGGAUCCUCCGGUUUGUUACGUUCUUGUGUCAAAGAGGCAAAGCAUAUGUUCUUCUACAAGCGCUGCGCGCCCCGCUAUGAAUCUUAUUCUUUCAGGAGUAAGACGACCCAUGCAUCUCUGUACAAGUUCCGACUCCGCUCCCCUGGCCUCAAAUUCGGAAUGCUCCUGCUAGCUAGGCUACACCGUCUUCGCUUAAGUUCGCUUGGUCUAUUAUCGCCGUUUCUAUUAAACACUCGUCCGUCACGCACCCUUGCUUCGGUCCUGACAAUCCCUCUAUCCUCAUUCAAUUCGAUUCUCAACCUCGCGGGAACGAGGCCUAUGUGGCGCGCGUUGGGACUGCUCUAGCAUCCUG